AUGCGGGAAGCGGUAGGUGGACAUGCGGCUGCUCACCGCGACUCCACAUCACUGCCGCAGCAGAUUGAGCUUGGGCUCGAGGAUGUGUGGAUUGGUGUGACCGAUCCGAAGGAGAGGCGCAGGCUGCAGAACAGGUUAAAUCAGAGGGCCCGAAGGCGCCGUCAGCACUUGGCUAAAGAGCUACCCAGAAGAUCUGAGCGAUAUGAUUCUCAGGCCUGGUCCACAACAGUAUCGGCGCCCUAUCAACUCGAUUUACAAUGCUUGGAUGAACUCCGCAUCUUUGGUCCGCUUGCCGCAAAAUCCCGCAGUACCCUGCAGCAACUAGAAGCUAUGGUGCAUGUUGAGUUUGCACUUGGCUCACCACAGGCCGAUUUGCGUUUGGGCGUAACUCGGUUGAACAUUUUGCGGGCAUUGUACACCAAUGUUGACAUUUUAGGUUAUGAUGCCAAAGAUAUGGCUGCCGAUGAGGUGCUGUCAAUGUUCGCCAUGAUUGGGCCACGAUGUCUGGCAACAGCCGGUCGGGAGGCUGUCCUGCCUCCUGCAUUGCAGCCUACAGAGAUUCAACGCACUGUACCCCAUCAUCCCUGGCUCGACCUCAUCCCCAUUCCCGGGAUGCGCGACAACCUCAUUCUGAUGGAAGAUCUGAUGGAUGAUCGCCAAUUGUGUCGGGAUAUGUGCGGCUACCGCUCUCAGGUACCUCGGUCAGGGCAUAGACGCCCUACAGGGAUGGGAGAAACAGGAGUGAUUGUGUGGAAAGAUCCCUGGGAUCCUGCUGGGUGGGAGAUCACCGAGACCUUCUUCCAGCUGUGGGGGUGGUCCGUCAAGGAUUGCUGGGGUUUGUUUAGUUCGACCAAUGCAUGGCGGAUGCGCCGGGGAGAGAGACCACUCUUUGCAAUACGUUCUACCGAUAGCUAUUAG